AAUUAUAUAACUUUCAAAUCAGUGAUAAAAUGUUUAAUAUUUCAGAAAUUAACUUAAACGAAAUGAUUAGUCAAGUAAAAGGAGUACUACCUAAUGUACCCCUGGAUUUGAUUAGGCAUGACUUAAUUAUAACAAAAAAUGUUGAUUUAACAAUCAGCAGGAUAUUGGAAGGUUCUAUAAACUACAUUCCUGAAUUAAAACAUCUGUAUUCUCUAUCACAAGGUAGCGAAAAAUUCCAAAAAACGAAAUGUUUGUGCGAUGCUGUGGCAAAGGACUUGCCCAUCCAUAGUUCCCCAUCAACAAAUGCCACGACCGAUGCUUUCAAAAAGUCAUCCAAAGACCGAAUUAAAUUGUAUGAAGAACGGAAAGCUCAACUUAUAAAGAAUGCUAGAAUGAGUUACAUUAAUAAGCAUUGCGUCUUUAAUGUAAAAUAAUUAUAAAGUAUUUUUAAUACACAAAAAAAUACAGAUUUGCGUUUUAAGUACUUUUAUUUUGUAAAAAUAACCAAUCAGAUUAACUGUGAUUCUUACACAAAUAAAUAUUUAUCGUUUCGUUCGUCGGCAAGGAAGUGCACCGGCCAAUUUGCAUGACGAUUAUAUUUAUCCAAUAUUUACAUAAAAUUGUUUCUUCGGAUAUUCAAAGAUCUGAUUUUUUGAACAUUGUCAGAUUUGUAAAAAAAUUAACAGAUUAGACUGAAAUAAUAUAUAAUUGACAAAUUAAAGAAAUUAAUAUUGUUUCAAACAUAAUACAAAAGUGAUAAAGUGGAAGUGUUGUUAUCUGUUUAAUUUGAAAUCUUUCUGUAUGUUUUACAGUUUUAUUAUUUGUUAAAAAUCUUUUAAAUGAAUAUAAUUGUGCUCUAUUUAAUAUAA